AUGCGCUGUUUACUGGCUGCUUUAAGUCUAUUCGUGUUAACGCAAAGUGCCCCUUUACAAAGCGAUCAAGAAGCUAAAAUAUUACAGUAUGAAUUCAACACUGACGGAAAAGGAAAUUAUAACUACAGUUUUUCAACUUCAAAUGGUAUAACAAAAUCUGAAACAGGAACUGUAGUCGAUGAGGGUCUCCCUUCUCAGUACAUCUUGGUAGAAGGCAAAGUAUUUUAUAUAACACCUGAUGGAAAUGAAGAGGCAUGGAUGUACGAAGCAGAUAAGGACGGAUUUCGGCUAUUACCUCCUCAACUAUUGCAGGUCAAUACAAAUCUAACAAACAGAAUUCUGGGCGGAGCACCACCGAGCGCAGUUGUGGCAUCUCUACUUGGC